GACGUCGUUAGCCAAACCCCAAACGUUGGGCUUUGUACCUAUAAAGAACGGUUCACGUCUAGUCAGUACCACUUUGUGCACCAGAACGCUACACAGCCAGAAGCGGUUUACGACGAUUUCAAGAAGAAUAAUACAACUGGAGGAAGAGAUACACUUCAAAAAGCAGCUUUCUUCUGGCCAAGCAGAGGAACGCCAGAAGUCAAGAUGAGGAAACUUAUUUUGUUGUUAAUGAUGGUUGUUUUUGUAACGACAAUCAUCACCGUUGAAUCUGCCCGUCCUGACAAAGGAAGGGCCUGUCGGAGAGCUGGAGGAAAAUGCUUUCGUAGCAACCGGGCGGCUAGAAUUUGCAAGGAAUAUGCCGACGACGCCAAUGACUGCGGGGAAUCCAAAGAGUGCUGUCUAGUCAAGGCCCUUCAACGGACGGCCAGAUGCACGGGGGAGUGUGACGUCGGAACCUGCACUCCGAAGCAACGCUGCCCGGAGGAAAUGCGGCGGGGCGGCUGCGGCAAGAAAUGCGUGUGUUGCACCAAAG